AUGGGGAAUCUACAUCCUGACUUGAACUUCUGGUGCAUGACGGGAAUAUUCAAGCGGACGCAGGUUCCCAUCUCGAAUCAGACCCAGUCUCUAGAGGUCUCCAUUUAUCACGAUGAUUUUCCGUACCUUAGCUUCAACUACAAAUGUGCGAUGGGGGAACAGCUUGCUGGGAUUAUGCCCGAUAAGGGUGGAAUCCAGUAUUCUGUCAGUAAUUCAGGACGGGUAUUUUCAUUUGUUGACGAUCUAUUGCAUUCGAACAAGGGUGACUAUCGUGUAAGUCGUUCGUGGCUACUGCAAGCACACACCCCUAGCUUAAAUCAGAAGAGUGCGGAGCCCUUAAUGAGUUUGCCGGCUCUUGCUCAGGCUCCAGUCAGACCAGCCUCAUAUGGACGGGGCCCGCACCACUCCUCCAUCACAACCAAAACGAUACGAAUGAUCAGCCAGCAGUUGAUUUGCAUGCAGAAUAGUACAUAUGCCUUACAGUCAGGCUCUCCGCCCGAAAGCUGCAACCUUCUAAAUCUGCCGCAAAAUUCCACUAUUCCUCUAUGCAAUUGGUCCUUGGGACGGCAUGUCUAUAUCUACGAUGAAAAUGAUCCUAAUACCGUGCUUAGUAGUCCCAGGGCUUCCAACUGGCCGUACUACGGUCCGUACAAAUACGAACGUACCGAGUUUGUAAGCCGCACCGUACGUUUAUUACAAUACGUACACCUACCUCUCCUCCUCCCUGUUGUACGAACGUACACAAUAUCUCACUCAUACAGGCCUCAAAAUCGCUCAAUCGUACAGUACUACGCCUCGUUGGAAGCCCUGAGUAUGGAGAUUCUUUUUCUCUUUCAAAUCUCUUCUAUCUACGAGUCUUCUCUAAGGCUGUUCAUUCGCGAGCUUAUCAAAACGUACGUAACGUAA